AUGGAUUCGACGGCCGAAAGCGAUGAGCUCUACCCCAUCGCCGUUCUUAUCGAUGAGUUGAAGCACGAUGAUGUCCUCCUACGUUUAAAUGCGAUCCACCGUCUGUCAACAAUUGCCCUAGCCCUCGGCCCAGAGAGAACUAGGGACGAGCUCAUCCCCUUUCUCGACGACUCCGUCGAAGACGAAGAUGAGGUCCUGACCGCGUUAAGUGAGGAAUUGGGCAAUUUCGUCGAAUAUGUUGGAGGUCCAGAAUAUGGGCACGUGCUUCUUUCGCCCCUUGAGAAUUUGGCAGCUAUUGAAGAACCCUUGGUUCGAGAGAAGGCUGUCGAGUCUCUCAACAAAAUCUGCGAUCAGCUCUCCUCAAAACAGGUGGAGGAGGAGUUCAUACCUUUAGUCCUUCGUCUUUCUAAAGCCGACUGGUUCACGUCUAAAGUCUCGGCAACUGGCCUCUACUGUGCCCCUUAUCGCAAAGCUACAGCCGGUGUGCAGCAGAGCCUUCGUCAGAACUUUGGUGGUUUGGUUCACGAUGAGACUCCGAUGGUGCGGAGACAGGCGGCCAACAACCUCUCGAAAUUCGUCAAGAAGCUGACCCCCGCGGUCAUCAUCGAAGAAAUCAUUCCCCUCUUUCAAUACCUUGCCAGUGAUGAUCAGGACAGCGUACGAUUGUUGACAGUGGAGAUUCUCAUUUCCAUUGCAGAGGAGAUACCUAAAGAACAACAAUCGAGCCAUGGUAUUUUGUUGACGUCUUUGCGCAAUCUUUUUGAAGACAAGAGUUGGCGAGUGAGGUAUAUGGUGGCGGAUAGAUUUGAGCAGAUUGCAAAAGCCGUGGAUGAGGAAGUCGUGACCCGCGACCUUGUGCCAGCAUUUGUUAAACUCUUGAAGGAUACAGAGGCGGAAGUGCGAACUGCCAUUGCUGGGCAAAUUCCUGGCUUCUGCAACCUGAUCGAUCGUGAUACCCUCCUUAAUGAAAUUAUGACCAGUAUAGAAGAUCUAGUGUCGGACCAGUCCCAACACGUGCGUGGAGCGCUAGCCACCCAGGUUAGCGGACUUGCUCCGAUACUUGGAAAAGAGGAGACCAUCUCUCAUCUUCUGCCAAUGUUCCUGCAAAUGCUGAAAGAUGAACACCCAGAGGUGCGUUUGCAUAUCAUUUCGAAACUCGACAUCGUCAAUAAAGUCAUCGGAAUCGAUUUGCUUUCACAAUCGCUUUUGCCCGCUAUCGUGCAGCUGGCUGAGGACAAGCAAUGGCGUGUGCGCUUAGCUAUCAUUGAAUACAUACCCCUUCUUGCAAGCCAACUCGGUGUCAAGUUUUUCGAUGAACAGCUAAGCGAUCUCUGCAUGGGCUGGCUGGGCGACACGGUUUUCUCGAUCCGAGAAGCUGCUACACAGAACCUCAAGAAACUCACAGAAGUCUUUGGUGUGGACUGGGCGAAUCAAUCUAUCAUUCCCAAGGUGGUGGCCAUGGGCGCACAUCCUAACUACCUCUACCGAAUGACUACUUGCUUCGCAGUUUCGACCCUUGCGCCUGUGCUUAACCUUGAAAUCCUUGAAAACUCGAUCAUUCCGAUCUUGGAACGACUAGUCACCGAUGACAUUCCCAACAUUCGAUUCAACGUUGCGAAGUCCUAUGCAGUCUUGGUCGACACGUUACGACGGCUUCCUGCAUCAGGCACUCUACAAGAUCUGGAAAAGGCUGGCGAGUCGGGAACCCCGGCACCUCAUGGCCAAGAACUUAUUCAGCAACGCAUAAUACCCCAGUUGGAGAAAUUGCAACAAGAUGAUGAUGUCGACGUUCGGUACUUUGCCACGACUGCUGCAGGUGGACAGGACGAGGCCAUGCAAACUUCACCAUAG